AUGUCGGCGAACGAGUCGAUGCGGAGGCUGUCGCUUGUGAGACAGUAUGCGCACUUUGUGUUGGCUACAAUACAGUUCAUGAAAUGUGUGGCACUGUUCGUGGCUCCGGCAAUGGUCGCUUACUUUGUCCGCGACGAAAAGCGACACGAUCAAUGGAGAUACGCAAAUGCUAUUUUUCUCCCUGUUGCUACCGACAAACCUGCUUCAUUCACACUGAUAACGCGAAGAACAAAGGAUGCAGCUGAGGCUGCUGCAGUCGAAAUGGAAACGAGCGCGCGAUCACGAAAGAAGUACGGAGAACCGUAUAACUGA